GUAUUUGUUUUUUUUUUUUUUUUUGUUUUGUACAAAACAUGGAAGGCAAACCAUUGAAACGCAUGCGCUCCGAUGACGAUGAGAGUAACAAUAAUACGACCCAGAGCAAGGUUUGGGUUAACGAGAAAAUCAACGAUUCGCGCGAUCCAGAGAAAAUGAAAGCGGUGCACGACAAAACGACCAAGAUGCUGUUCAAGGCCGCCGCCAAUUUGGAUGCCAACAACAAGGAGACCGCCAGCGCCAAGGAAGAGGCGAGCAGUCAGCAGCAACAACAACAGCAACAACAACAACAGCAACAACAACAGCCGCAGCAACAGCAGCAGCUGGCGCCAUCUGCCGCCAGUUCGCACAAUCUGUGCGAACAAUAUCAGCUGAUUGGCGACGGUAACAUCAUAUUGCGCGACAUGAAUCCGGAUGUCGCCAAUCCGGGCCUGGAGCGCCGGCUAUCCAAUUGUUGCCAGCGGCCGACUCUUAUACGCGGCACUUGUGUUAAUUGUACGUUCGAUUUGUGUGAGGAGUGCGGCUAUUCGUGCGUCGAGUGCAGCCAAUUUAUUUGCCGCACCUGUGUGACCCUGUUCGGCAAUCGUCCGGAGGAAGCUGAACAUCCAUUGUGCGAGGUCUGCCAAAUGUUUGUCGCCUAAAAGGGCUCAUCACACACACACACACACACACACACACACGCACACACACACGCACACACAACAAGACGCACACAAACGAACGAACGAACGCUACCUGAUACAUGAAUUAUCAAAUAUUGAGCCAGAGAUAUAUGGAAUGGAAGUACAAGUACAAAACGUGGUAACCAGGAGACAAAAAAAAUAGGACUCAUUAUCAUCAAAUAAUUUAUAUAUAUAUAUAUUUAUAUGAACAACAUCUUCUGCCAAUAUGUCGCAACCAUCAUAAAAGCUGUGCAGCUGCCUUGAAGCCAAAUUCACUUCCCAGGCACAGUUCGAGCUAAGAACACUUUUCACGCACACAAACACAACACGCAACAUGAAACACAGCAACAAAUUUCAAUUCAAAUUCAAAACAAAUCAUAAUUCAAAUCAUAUCAAAACAAAAUCAAUAUCAAAUCGAAUCAAACGAUAAAGUAACACAUCGAAAUUUGUGAAUUCAUCUAAUUGCAUGCUAAUGGGGCGCACUGUGUCAAGCUCUUAAAUGCAAAUGGGGCCGCACUGCACAACUCUUGAUUGCCAACAAAAAAAAAAAACAAACAAACAUGGGGCGCACUGCAACACACACCCACACACACUGUAAAGCUCUCGCCGACUGCCUUAGGCUGUGUUGCCCGCUCGCAAGCUUAAAUCAUGGGCACAGCUCAAAAAGAGAGACCCUUACACACGACAAAAACAAACGGAAAACAACAACAAAAUCAAAAAUGUACGAACACAACAAAUACAAAAAAGGUGUUGCAAUUAUUUGAUGUAAAUCACAUUUAUUAAUAUUUAAUAAUAAAAAAAA